AUGGCCCUUCGAGCCUUGUUCGUGCUCACGAGCUUCAUGGGUGCCUUCGCGGAGGAUGUCGCCGAGGCGUUGGCAGCUGAUGACGUCUGCGCUGCUGGUCAGGACUGCAGCCUGGAGCUGCACCAAUUGCGUGGCAUGAAGGUCAACUACCUGGAAGCCAUGGAGGAUGAAGAAGAGGAGGUCAUGGAGGGCGGCGGCUGCACCAACUCCCACGAUAUUGGCGUGUGGAAGCACGGAGGCAGGAGGAGCUUCGAUGCUGCCCUCAACAGCUGCGGCCGUGGGUGCGCUGCUGGCUUCCCCUGCACCAAGGACUGCAUGCAGAGGAAGGGCUACAGUGGCGGCUGUGCAUCCUGUAUGGCCCAGUUGGUGGGCUGCUCCAGGGACCACUGCAUGAACCAGUGCAUCAGCAACGACAAGAGCCCAGCCUGCACGCACUGCGUCAAGUCCAGCUGCCGGCCCAAGAUGAAGGCAUGCAGCGGCCUGAAUGCUGGCGGCCACUGA